GUUUCCUCCGGCUCUGAGGCCGGAACCUUUCUCCGGGAGGCGGCGGGACGGGUCUGUGAAAGGACGGGAUCCGGGUCCGGGGUCUCUCCCUCUCUCUGAGGGGCCGGGGGCCCGGCUCUCUCCGUGCGACGGGCGCUGUGGAUCGCACUGUCCCUGAUGAUGAUGAGCGGCCGGGCCCGGCCUCAGGCUCCGAUCAGUUUGAAUGUGGAGGCGAUAGGAAUCGGCAAAGGGGAGACGCUGCCUCCGCCAACACUGCAACCGGCCCCGCUCUACCCGUCCUUAGAAUUCAAGGCCGUCCCCUUGCAUGCGGGUGAGGAGGCUGAAUACAUGCUGGCGUUAAAGCAGGAACUGCGUGGAGCCAUGAGGAGCCUGCCAUAUUACGUCAAACCAGCCGCACCGAAGAAAGAUAUUGAGCGUUAUUCUGAUAAGUACCAGUCCUCGGGGCCAACCGACAACACCAUCGAAUGGAACCCUGGUGGACUGGCGACGGUUACCACGGGAACUGAAGAUCCGAAUUCGAAAGCCAGCCAAAGACAAGAUUCCAGUCGCAGGCCGGAAGAUAAAACCCAGGACAAGCGUGGAGAAAGAAGAAAUCAUCAAAAAACUGGAGACUUUGGAAAAGAAGGAGGAAGCGCACAGCUCCGACGAGGAGGACGAACAGGAGAAAGAGGAAGAAGAAAAGGAAAACGAAGAGGAGUAUGACGAGGAGGAGUUUGAAGAGGAAACGGACUAUGUCAUGUCGUACUUUGACAAUGGUGAAGAGUUUGGGGGCGACAGUGACGAGAACAUGGACGAAGCGAUCUACUGAGAGCGGGGAGCAGAGCAGACCUGCCAGGUGACCCGCUGACGUGGUGCACAACCAAAGCAGACGCAAGACCUUCCAGAUCCACCUUCCCCCCACCCCACCGGCGCCCCUGUUACUGGGUCCGCACUCCCGACUGGACCCCCCUGUGCCACAGGCGAGACUCGCACUUGCUCGGUUGCCCUGCAUGGAACACGGUGAACUCUGGCCUGGAGCAGCUGCGGAGGGUUCGGGCCAGCCAAAUGCCACCGGUAACUUGUGUCGAUUCUUUCCUCGUCUUAUCAGCGCCCGGUUGACCGAGGGCCUCUCGUUUCCGGAGUUUCUUGGCACACGCUGGUGGGUUUCAGCCUUUGUGAGCCUUCGGUUCAAACGCCAGGUUCCAGUGGGUUUGUGGCGCGGGCGCGUCACGUGGAAUGGGUGAGGUGUCUGUGAUAGCUGGCCUGACGCACAUGGUCUUGUCAGUCACAUCGCGAAACGUCCAGACUGCCUCCUGUUCUCUCAGACCAGCUGCCCUGUGCCGUCUGCUCAGUGGGCCCUGAGCCCUGGCUGUUGGGAGACAGUCACGCAGCCCACAGUCUGGUGAGACGGCGUCUUCACGUGACUGGAGGGCCUGGUAAUAACAGAAGCCCUGAAUCGAGAAGCGGGUGCUGCGACUUUCACAUCCCCUCAGCAGCCUUUCUGUCGUUGGUGGGCACAUAGGCUUCAGCACGCAAGGAGAAGAGGCAGGAUGUGAGUCAGCGGUGACUCCAGCUUCAGCUGAGUGAGUCCUGCCCGCCUGAGGCCUUUCCUCCUCCCUUCGCAUUUGACUGCAGGAAGUGGCUUGGCGAACCCUUCAACGACCUCCGCCCUUCCCCCCCGACCCCCGCUCCCAGUCGGUGGGCCUCUCCACCCAGCUGGCAGGGGAAGGGGAUGGCAAAGGGGCAGGGCAGCGAUGGGGGGGUGGGGUGGUGGUGGAGUGGAGAGGGAGCUCGCAUGGAGGUGUUGAGGGAAGGUAGCGUGGGGUUGGGGGACACUGGAAUGAGAGUUAAGGGCUGCGAGGGUGUGUCAACCGUGCAGCCUUAUUCCCCGGGCCUCAGUGUCACCCUUCCCCACCCCCACCCCCUCCCCAAGGCCCUGGUGUUGGCAUUUUGCCCCCUGCACCCCAGUGUCACUGCCACCCCCUUCCUGGACCCUGGUCUGCAUCGUUCAGUGUUGUGUAGAGAAAUUUCAGCUUUUGUAACAAUUUUCACUCUUGUUAAUAAAGUGAUCUUUUUUAUAUUG